AUGUCGGUAUCUGCUGUUGCCCCUAGAAGAAAAAGGCUGGCGGAAGGCUUGAGUGUCACGCAGAAAGUGUUUGUUAGGUCCCGUAACGGAGGGGCUACUAAGAUUGUCAGAGAGCACUAUCUGAGAUCGGACAUUCCAUGUCUUUCAAGAAGUUGUACCAAGUGUCCGCAGAUCGUCGUUCCCGACGCUCAAAAUGAGCUGCCCAAGUUUAUUCUAUCUGAUUCUCCGCUAGAGUUGAGCCCACCCAUCGGGAAGCACUACGUCGUGCUGGAUACCAACGUGGUUUUGCAAGCGAUCGAUCUUCUAGAAAACCCAAACUGUUUUUUCGACGUGAUCGUUCCGCAGAUUGUCCUGGAUGAAGUGAGAAACAAAUCAUAUCCAGUGUACACGAGAUUGAGAACUUUGUGCAGGGACAGUGACGAACACAAGAGAUUUAUUGUGUUUCAUAACGAAUUCAGCGAGCACACAUUUGUGGAGAGACUACCAAAUGAAACCAUUAACGACAGAAACGAUAGAGCCAUCCGGAAAACAUGUCAAUGGUACGGUGAGCAUCUGAAAUCCUACGGUAUAAGCGUUGUUCUUGUUACCAACGACCGUUUGAAUAGAGAAGCCGCCACCAAGGAAGAGGACUCCAAGAUAACAACCAAGAGUCUUAUGGAGUAUGUCGAGUUGCUGCCAAAUGCAGACGACAUCAGAGACUCUAUUCCUCAAAUGGACGCUUUCGAUAAAGACCAAGAAAGGGACACAUUUUCUGACUUCACCUUCCCCGAGUACUAUUCCACGGCAAGAGUUAUGGGUGGGCUAAAAAACGGUGUCUUGUACCAAGGUACUAUUCAAAUAUCAGAGUACAAUUUCCUGGAGGGCUCGGUGAGUUUACCGAGAUUUUCCAAGCCGGUGCUGAUCGUGGGCCAGAAAAACCUAAACAGGGCGUUCAACAGUGACCAAGUCAUUGUGGAACUAUUGCCUCAGUCAGAAUGGAAAGCGCCCUCGUCCAUCGUUUUGGACUCUGAACAUUUCGACGUUAACGAUAACCCAGAUAUCRAAGCAGGCGAUGACGAUGACAACAAUGAACCUUCCUCUACAACCACUAUAACCUCCGACAAGCAACGUAGACUAUUGGCCAAAGACGCUAUAAUAGCCCAAAGAUCGAAAAAAGUCCAGCCGACAGCAAAAGUCGUGUACAUACAAAGAAGAUCCUGGAGACAAUACGUGGGCCAGCUAGCACCAAGCUCCGUUGAUUUACAGAGCAGCAGUACACAAAACGUCUUCGUUAUCUUGAUGGACAAAUGUCUUCCAAAAGUCAGAAUCAGAACCAGACGUGCUGGUGAACUUGUCGAUAAAAGAGUCGUCAUCUCUAUCGAUUCAUGGCCCGCCACUCACAAAUAUCCAUUAGGACAUUUCGUAAGAGAUCUAGGUACGAUCGAAUCAGCGCAGGCUGAAACUGAGGCCUUAUUAUUGGAGCACGAUGUCGAGUACAGGCCUUUCUCCAAGAAAGUCCUGGAAUGUUUACCAUCUGAAGGCCAUGAUUGGAAAGCUCCAGCCAAACUGGAUGAUCCGGAAGCUGUUUCAAAGGAUGCAUUACUGACAAAGAGAAAAGACUUAAGAGAUAAACUGAUAUGUAGUAUCGAUCCACCAGGAUGUGUAGAUAUUGAUGAUGCAUUACACGCGAAGAGACUUCCAAACGGUAACUGGGAGGUCGGUGUACAUAUCGCCGACGUUACUCAUUUUGUUAAACCAAAUACUGCCCUAGACGCGGAAGGUGCCGCAAGAGGUACAUCCGUCUACUUGGUGGAUAAACGUAUUGAUAUGUUACCCAUGCUUUUAGGUACUGAUUUGUGUUCUCUGAAACCGUAUGUUGAUAGAUUUGCAUUUUCAGUCAUUUGGGAACUGGAUGAUAACGCUAAUAUCGUAAACGUUGAUUUUAUGAAAUCCGUUAUUAAAUCUAGAGAAGCAUUUUCGUAUGAACAAGCACAAUUUAGAAUCGACGAUAAAAACCAAAAUGAUGAAUUGACGUCAGGUAUGAGAGCUCUGUUGGACUUGUCUAUAAAAUUGAAGCAAAAGAGACUGGAAGCCGGCGCCUUGAAUUUGGCAUCUCCUGAGGUUAAAGUUCAUAUGGAUAGUGAAACCUCGGAUCCAAACGAAGUUGAAAUCAAAAAACUGCUAGCAACAAAUUCUUUAGUUGAAGAGUUCAUGCUGUUGGCUAACAUUUCCGUGGCAAGAAAAAUUUACGAUGCCUUCCCUCAGACCGCAAUGCUAAGAAGACACGCAGCUCCACCAUCUACUAAUUUCGAAAUUAUGAAUGAAAUGUUGAAUACGAGAAAAAAUAUGUCGAUCUCGUUGGAAUCAUCCAAGGCUCUGGCAGAUUCUUUGGACAGAUGUGUGGACCCCGAAGACCCAUACUUCAACACUUUGGUCCGUAUAAUGUCAACACGUUGUAUGAUGGCUGCCCAAUAUUUCUAUUCUGGGGCCUAUUCCUACCCUGACUUUAGACAUUAUGGUUUAGCCGUUGAUAUCUAUACACAUUUCACAUCCCCAAUCAGACGUUACUGUGAUGUUGUUGCACACAGACAAUUGGCAGGUGCCAUUGGGUAUGAACCAUUAAGUUUGACUCACCGUGACAAGAAUAAAAUGGAUAUGAUCUGUAGAAACAUUAACAGAAAGCAUAGAAAUGCACAAUUUGCCGGCAGAGCAAGUAUAGAAUACUAUGUUGGUCAAGUUAUGAGAAAUAACGAGUCCACAGAAACCGGAUAUGUUAUCAAGGUAUUUAAUAAUGGUAUAGUGGUACUAGUUCCUAAGUUUGGUGUGGAAGGGUUGAUAAGACUAGAUAAUUUAACCAAGGACCCAAAUUCUGCCACUUUCGACGAAGUUGAAUACAAGCUAACUUUUGUUCCUACAGACUCUGACAAACCAAGAGAUGUUUACGUUUUCGAUAAAGUUGAAGUUCAAGUGAGGUCAGUGAUGGACCCAAUUACAAGUAAGCGUAAGGCAGAAUUGCUGUUGAAGUAA